UGAGUGACAGAAAGUAACGUUAGUCGUAGUUCGCUAGCUAACGAUAUCAUGCUUGAUGAAUUCAAAGCACUAUCAUGAUGGCUUUACAAGAUUUUAAUGCUAGAUAAAGAAGGCGUUGAGAUACCAUUCUCUCUCGCUAAGUAGCUAUCCCCUUGCUAGAGUGGCAUCGCUGGCUAGGUUGCUAGACUGGUACGAGUCUGCUCAGAAGGCCUUUUUCACCGCAAGUGAUGUUCAGGAUACGGGAGAGGCGGAACCUCCCGCUGCAGUGAUGGUGCCCUACCUAACUGACAGCCGUAAGAAGCUGAAGAUGACGCAGCUGCAGCUGAGCGUGUUGGACCGCAUGCUGCUUCUGCUAGAGAGCGCUCAGCCACCGCACCUGUUGGAUGGCUCACCUGUCCCCGACACAGGUGCAGACACGCGUGCGUGCCUUGGAGCCCUGAAGAGCGCGUACGCAGAGGGCGUGGAGCGUGUGGAGGGCCUGAUCGCCGCCCUGCUAGACAGGAUGGAUCAAGCAGGCCGCAAGAAGGAGCAGCUGCAGCAGCUGCUGUGUGCUCUGGAGAGGAAGAAAGAGGAACUGGAGGAGCAGCAGAGGAUGAAAGAGAAGAAGGACGUGAAAGAGGAGAAGCUGAGCAGUCUGAAGCUGCAGGAGCUGGAGGAGUCCCUGCUGGCCAGCCAGAGGGCGCUGCACCUGACCGAGAGGCGCAUCUCUGAGCUUGUGGCGCAGACCGACGCCUACCUCACCAGUCUGGACAGCUGGACCCUGCUGCGGGACGGGCUGCAGCGGUCGGUGCAGGCUACGCUCGGCCUAACGGGCUACAAGCUGCUGUGGGCGGGGCCGCUGGAGCUCUGUGUGGAGCUGGUGCCCCAGGUGCACCGACCUGACCUGGCCAACCUCAGACCCCUGCCCCUGACUCUCACCUGGACCCCGGACGGCCUCUUCAACAUCCAGUCCCAGGAGGCUGCAGGGAUUCUGGAUGGGGCCCUGCAGGGCCCCCUGUCCCAGGUGAGCUCCACACUGCAGGAGGUCUGUCAGCGUUACCUGAGUCAGGGCGAGAUGCUGGCCGAGAUUCAGGAAAUGCACUCCAGGUUUGCCAUCGACUGGCGCCCGGCUCAGCGGCUGUUGGUCUUCCUCAAGUCGGCCUCGGUGGUGUGCCACCUGAGCGUGGGCGAGGGGUACCCCUCCAGGGGCCGCGCCUCUCUGGUGUCCAUUCGUGGGGAGAAGGGGCCCCUCAACAUUGAUGCCCUGCAGGCCCCCCAGGUGAACCCCUCCCUCUCAGAGUGGCUGGAGUUCCUCUCUUCCUGCCCAGAGAUUUGAGUCCCGCCAUGGCACACCAUGACAAGAGCUCCUCCCAGCAGUGUGUAUACGCUGUCCUCCCAGCAGUGUGUAUACGCUGUCCUCCCAGCAGUGUGUAUACGCUGUCCUCCCAGCAGUGUGUAUACGCUGUCCUCCCAGCAGUGUGUAUACGCUGUCCUCCCAGCAGUGUGUAUACGCUGUCCUCCGUGCUGUGUGUAUACGCUGUCCUCCCAGCAGUGUGUAUACGCUGUUUACCCAUGUAUACACGUGUAUAUGUAUAUUCUGUCCUUAACCUGAAAAAAACACACACAAGCUGUUUGUUUGUCCCUUGUAUAGAUUUUCUGUUUUCAUAGUUUGUCACCUUUUGAGUGUUUUAAUAUAAAAUCAUUAAAUGAUUUGCGUGAGAAUGGU